AUGAUAAACCUUUUAAGCACAGGCAAGAGCUGGUACAAGCGUUUCCAGUAUGACGAAGAUGUAGACAAGCCUGGCGAUGUUCGAAACAUUUUGUUAAUAGUAGCAACCCUCAUAGCUUCCGUUACCUUCCAAGCUGGUGUCACCCCUCCUGGUGGCGUAUGGCAAGAUGACAAAGAUGGACAUCGUGCAGGCCAAGCCAUUUAUGCAUGCAAAUUCACCGCCUACUAUGUUUUCUUGCUCGCCAACACCAUCGCUUUCUCCACCUCCGUACUUGUUAUCAUCUCUCUCACUUGCAGGUUCCCUUUCCACCUUGAAAUUAUUAUUGCCACGAUUUCGAUGAUCGUCACUUACGGUUCGGCGAUUUUCGCCGUAACUCCCAACGAAUUGGUGAAGUUUCGACUUAUCAUGCUCGCCGCUGGCGUGCCUUUUAUUAUUCGGGGGUUGAUUCAGCUAUUCAACGUCAUCUUUAGAAGUAAUAAAUAA